ACACUGUUCGAUAGCCCAGUCCUUCAGCUAUAAUCUCGUACUUCAUGGAAACAUAACGGUAUUCACAUAAAAUCUCUACAUGGUGUUUUCCGACACUGUGCGAAAUUUCGGAAUAUUCAAAAGGCUCUCAAAUGGUGAAAAAAAAUUUUUUCUCAACUUCGACAACAGAGGCAUGAAGAUGAUCUCAUUACCUCGAGAUAUUUCGCGAAUCAACUUCCUAUCUCUCUUAUUUACAGAGUGAUCUCUAAAAAUCAACUUUUUGGUUUUGCAGCCAUAACUUUUUUCCACGUCAACCGAUUUUGGAAAACUUAGGCUCAUUUUGAAGAUAAAACUUCAGAUGAAGAGAUCUGAAUAUCAGAAUUGACUCAAGAUGGCUAUCAAAGAUCUAGAGUUUUCUUGAAAGUGACCCAAAUCUGGAACGCCCUCCGAAUCUCGGUUGGGAGGAGAAUUGAAUUUAAAUCAACUUGUUCUCGGAAAAACAAUUCAUUCUGGAUGCGUCCAUAUUUCCCUCGCCCUCAGUACUCAAGAAUGUGCGUGAGAAAACACAAUUGAAACAUGUUCUUGCAAAAACAUCAGACCAUUUCUCCUCUGUUAUGCAUGGCCCGUAACCAACGUUACAAGAAUCACAGUAAGUGACUGACAAGUCAGGUUAGACGUCGUUUUCGAAUCAUAAACAGAUUUUGAUAGUUCCGAUGCCGCAUCUAACGACCGACCAGUUGGAACUGAUUCCACAAAUGAGGGAACAAGGGUUAUCUUCCCUCCAAAUCGCGGAUCUGCUAAACACGACAGUCCGAUCCAUUCAAAGGGCUUAUCUCCGACACGAAUUUUUUGUUUAUUACUGUCGAUUCGUUCGACGCAUUAUUGCGACUGAAAACUUUACGUAAUUGGCAAACUGUUUUCGUGAAACUUUCACCAUUUUUGAAAUGCGUUUUCACAAUAAAUAAACGUGGUUUGCUUGAAUACUUCUCCAUAUUCUUAAAUCGCAUGUUAUGUACGUGACAACUGUUAAGAAAAUCACUUUAUUGAAAAAAUCAAAAUCCGUUGUUCUCGUUGGUACACCAUUUAUGAUGAGUCUCAGCUGGUCGGGUUUGUCAGUCACUCAUUGUGAUUCUUGUAACGUUGGUUACGGCGGGCCAUGCAAUACAGAGUAGAAAUGAUCUAAUGUUUUUGCAAGAACAUGUUUCAAUUGUGUUUUCUCACGCACAAUUCUUGACUACUGAGAGCGAGGAGAAUAUGAACUUAUCCAGAAUGAAUUGUUUUUCCGAGAACAAGUUGAUUUUCAUUCAAUUCUCCUCCCAACCAAGAUUCGAAGCGCGUUCCAGAUUUGGGUCACUUUCAAGAAAACUCUAGAUCUUUGAUAGCCAUCUUGAGUCAAUUCUGAUAUUCAGAUCUCUUCAUCUGAAGUUUUAUCUUCAAAAUGAGCCUAAGAUUUCCAAAAUCGGUUGACGCAAAAAAAAGUUAUGACUGCAAAACCAAAAAGUUGAUUUUUUGAGAUCACCCUGUAAAUAAGAGAGAUAGGAAGUUGAUUCGCGAAAUAUCUCGAGGUAAUGAGAUCAUCUUCAUGCCUCUGUUGUCGAAGUUGAGAAAAACAUUUUUUUCACCAUUUGAGAGCCUUUUGAAUAUUCCGAAAUUUCGCACAGUGUCGGAAAACACCAUGUAGAGAUUUUAUGUGAAUACCCUUAUGUUUCAAUGAAGUACGAGAUUAUAGCUGAAGGACUGGGCUAUCGAACAGUGUGAACCAAAUUCAAAUUGUUCUAAACUGAAAAAAGUUAUUCACUUUAUAACAGAAGCGACAUUUUGGUGUGCGACGAAAUUAGUGUUGAGUAGUUUAUUUACAUCGAGUUUUGAAUGACCCUGUAUAAUUGACUGGAGCAAUCAUAUUUAUGUUGUUAUUGUUCUUCGUUUUCAAAAAGCUCUGUUUGUAACUAAAUUGUCAACUUUUUCCCUGUAUACAUGCAGAUACAUCAUGAACUUCCCAUCUUUCGGAGGCCACUUUUCCACUGUGAUACCUUCGAUUCACCAUUUCGCAUCGAAAUUUUCGCAAGACAACGUGAUAUCGGCGCCGAACCACCAAGAAAACAGCAAUAAAUACACUGCGAACGGGAUACCAUCGUUCACCCAACACCACCACGCGGCCGUACACCCAUCUGACCCAUCGCAGGGUCUGAACGGUGGUAAAUACCCCGGAAACUGUACCAAUCAAGCAAUAUAUUCUCAGCAAAACGAUGGGCGGCAAGAGAAAAGGCAAAAUUUCGAGUCCCAUCAGCAAGAAGCAGCUCAAGAGUUGUGCACCCUUACACUACAACUACAGGAAAAACAAAAUCAAAAGGUAAUAGUCCAACCACCAAGCAACCAAACGGCCCAAAACCAAAUGCCAACCUCUAACCAACCAGCCUCAACGACCAACGUCUCUUCUGCUUGGCAAACGAUUACUUCUUCAGGAGCCACAGUCGCCGAUUAUCUGUCGCAGUUGCCGGCUUCUACUUUGCCAUUGAGUCUGCACCAUUUCCUGAAAUAUUCUGCGGAAAGCGUUAAGAGCAAGGAGAGUGUGGGAUCACACGUUAAUAGUGUCCAGCGAACGCCGGUGCCAGAUGGUCUUUCCGAGUCCAAUAACGUGAAUUUGCUGAACGCCAACGGUCUAAACAAUCUGAGCUCUAGCGGUUUGAGUUCAUUGUCUACGAUCAACACUGCCCAACUUCAAUGCCUCAGUGGUACGAAGAAGAAAAAGAAGAAAAAACUGGAGAAGGAAAAGAAACCGAGACCAAAGCCAGGCGAAAUCCGUCUGACGACCGCCCUGGACGGCUCCACCCUCUAUUGCUGCCCCGAGUGCCACAUGGCCUAUCCAGAGAAGGACUUGCUCGAACAGCACCUCGUCGGCCACACGAUGGAGCGCCGAUUCGUCUGUGACAUUUGCGGUGCAGGGUUGAAGCGCAAGGACCAUCUCACCAGGCACAAGCAAUCGCACAAUCCGGAGCGGCCGUUCGCUUGCACGGUGUGCCUGAAGGCGUUCAAGCGCAAGGAGCAGCUGACGUUGCACUUCGUCAUCCACUCGGGCGAGAAGCGGCACGUAUGCACCGAGUGCGGCAAGGGAUUCUACAGGAAGGACCAUCUGCGCAAGCACACGAGGUCGCAUAUCGCGAGGCGAGUCAAAGCGGAGCUUUCGCAGCAAGGGCCCUCUCAAACGCCACAUCUGCAUCCACCUGCCUCCACAGUUCCGAAUACAACCGAUAACGCAGGUAUUCUCUUGUAAGAUUUCUAAUUUCAGUCGAUAAUAAUUCUAGUACUCAAUAUGUGAUGUUCACAACUAAUUGGCGUUGUAAAUUUGGCUGUGAUACUUUUCCUCUAGGCUAGUCGGUAGAUUCAAUCUACGUUAAAUUUUGAAGACUAUAUCGUGAAAAUUCCAAAUUUCCUGUUGAGAAUGGUUCCAUUUUGUACUUGGUGAGUACUAGAAUUUUGAAUGCAGAGUAUACAGGGUUAUCCACGGUGGAUGGCCUAUUGGAAGUAUCUGGAGAACGAGAAGACAAAACAUUCUGAAAUUUGGGAUGCUCUGAUAAUGGGCGUGUACACCUUAGUAGAACAUUUAACUCAAACCAUGUUUAUAAUGAUCCUUUUGAUUUUGAUUGACGACAUAAUUCGAUCGAAAAAUUAACUGGAAUGUUUUAU